UCCACCAUGGCAAAUCCACCAUCAAUCCCACCAUCUCUCAAGCCGGUACAGACUCGGUCCCAGUCACCCUCGACCUUUCCAUCACCCCCAACCACUCCAUCUGGAAAGGUGAACCCAAUGUCCCCCGUCCGGCCUACUAUCUCCCUCCAUCAACCAAAUAGCAAGAAAGGUUCAUCAAAACACAAUAAGAUCUUUCGUCGUGUCCGUGCUGUUUUCCGGUCAUUCCCUAUCAUUGCUCCAGCAUGCAAGAUUCCUGUCUCACUCCACGGAAACCGCCUCCAUGAUGGGCACGUUCAUGGUGGGACCCGCAUGACCGGAACCCUAUUUGGGCACCGGAAAGCUAGGGUAAACCUUGCCAUCCAAGAAAGCCCCGGAUCCCUACCUGUUUUAUUGCUUGAACUCACAAUCCCCACGGGAAAACUCCUUCAAGAUAUGGGAGUGGGACUUGUUAGGAUUGCCUUGGAAUGUGAAAAGAAGCCACAUGAAAAGACCAAGAUUGAAGAUGAACCGAUAUGGACAAUGUUUUGUAAUGGCAGAAAGUCAGGUUAUGCGGUCAAGAGAGAGCCAACUGACGAGGAUUUGAAUGUGAUGCAAAUCUUGCACGUGGUUUCUAUGGGGGCUGGUGUGAUACCUACAGGAGAUGGAGCCGAUCAGCCUGCAGAUGGAGAAUUAACGUACAUGCGGGCAUUCUUUGAACGUGUGGCAGGGUCCAAAGACUCAGAGACCUAUUAUAUGUUGAAUCCUGAUGGAAACAACGGACCAGAACUAAGCUUAUUCUUUGUCAGGAUUUGAUAACCAAAAAUGGUAGUGCAAUCAUCAAUGUUUGUGGAAAUUCUAAUCAUUGAGAUCAAUAUACGUUCUCCUGCUGGUGAAGGUUUGGACAUAGAAUUGA